CUCUUCCACUUUGCUCUAUUUGGCAGCUACGGGGAUGUUGUUGAUCAUGAAUAAACUUCAACCAUCGCAACUCGCUGAAGAGCAACGAAACGCUGCAAGGUUAUUUAAGAAAAUUCGCGAAGAAAUUCACACAACAAUAUGUAUUGGAAAUCCAUCCAAUAAACAAGUUAAGGAUGCGAUGAAGAAAGUUUUGGCACUUGACAAGGCCUACCCGCUUCCUUUACUAGGCGUGAUGCUCGACAAAUUCCCAAAAAAAGUGGACCCUGCCACGUGGUGGCCUCAACAACAACGAAGACAAGCGAAGGGACUUGGAGAGAGAAAUGAUAAGAAUGGUUGGGAUGCUAAGUUGGAAGAUGAAAUGAGAGAGAUAGUUGGGGUUUUGAACAGGAAAGACAAGGAAGACUACUUGAGGUUGGGUGAAAAGGCAUUGAAACUCAACAAAAUCUUGGCCAUUUCAGGACCUUUACUAACAGGUCUUGCAGCUAUUGGUUCUGCAUUUGUGGGGUCUCCUAGCCAUGGAUCAUGGGCUGUGGUGCUUGGAGUUGUUGGCGGUGCUUUGUCGAGCAUCGUCAACACAUUAGAGCAUGGUGGGCAAAUUGGGAUGGUGUUUGAGAUGUAUAGAAGCAAUGCUGGUUUCUUUAAGCUCAUGGAAGAGUCCAUAGAAUCAAAUUUGAAGGAUAGAGAAGUGGAGAGAAGAGAGAAUGGGGAAUUGUUUGAAAUGAAGGUGGCUUUGUAGUUGGGUAGAAGCUU